CCACUAACCGAAACCAACCAACAUUUUUUUGUAAUAAAAACAUAAAUGUCAUACCAAAGAAUGUUCUAUAUUGUAAAAUUAAAAAACUCUUUUUUGCGAUAGUGAAUUAUUAAUAUUUACAUAUUUUUCAUAAAUAUGAUUACAUUAAAUAUGAAAAAUGGUUAUAAAUUAUGUUAAUUUAAAUUACUGAGAAUAUCGUAAUAAUAUGAAUUAAUUUAUUAUUUUUAAAAACAAAACGAUGAGACCAAAGAAGUAUUCCUGCAAAUAUUUAGCUCUAGUAGCUAUAUUUUCUGUUUUAAUAUUGCUGACGUUUUGCGAGUACAUUAUUUAUUAUAUUGUUCUCUUGCAGUGUAAUUGGCCAAUCUUGAAUCAUGAAAAUUUAGAUCCGACAAUCGUGUCUCCAACAUUCGAAGAAAAAUCUGUACGAGCGAUGUUUUUGGCAGACACACACUUGCUAGGACCUCGAAAUGGUCACUGGUUUGAUAAACUAAGAAGGGAAUGGCAAAUGUACAGAACUUUCCAGACGGCGAUGACAAUCCAUAAACCAGAAGUAGUUUUUUUAUUAGGUGAUGUAUUCGAUGAAGGCCUCUGGUCCAGUUCAACAGGAUUUGAAAGUUAUAUCGAGAGAUUUCAUUCAAUUUUCAGCGUUUCAAAAAAUAUUCAUCUUUAUGUGGUAGCUGGUAAUCAUGAUGUUGGCUUUCAUUAUGUGAUAACACCCUACCUAAGUCAACGUUUUAUAAGUGGAAUGAAAGCUCCCAGUGUUCGAAGAAUUAGCAUUAGAGGAAAUCAUUUUGUUUUAAUAAACAGCAUGGCUUUGGAAGGCGAUGGAUGUUUUCUCUGUCGACCAACUGAAAUUGCAAUAAACAAAAUUUCAAAACACUUGAAUUGUGCAAGAGGUUUAGAAGAAAAUUGUACAAAAAAUAAUUCGAUAAAACGUUAUAGUAGACCCAUUCUUUUACAACAUUUUCCAAUGUAUCGUGAAUCUGAUAAAAUAUGUGAUGAAUUGGACGAAGCUCCUUUAGACAUAAAGAAUAUUAAAUUUCGAGAAAGAUGGGAAUGUUUGUCAGAAGAAGCUUCCAAACAGCUUUUAGAUAUUUUAAAUCCAAGAUUAGUAGUGGAUGGACAUACUCAUCACGGCUGCAAAAAUAUUCAUAAAAAUAAUAUUGUAGAAAUUACAAUUCCUUCUUUUAGUUGGCGUAAUAAAAAUAAUCCUUCAUUUCUAAUGGGAGAGUUUACGCCUAAUAAUUAUUCUUUAUCGAAAUGUUACAUGCCAAUGGAAUCAACUGUUAUUAAUAUUUACAUAUUUGGAAUUAUCACCAUUGUUAUCUACUUUUUUGUUACACUAAAUCGCAGUACUUUUCGUAAGCGUCACCUAAAUUAAUUAAUAUUAUAAAAUAUUUUUGCUCAAACUUCUGAGUUGUAUGAACAAUUUUUUAUUGAUCAAAAAAUAAACUAUAAUUUAUAGCA